AUGAAAUGCAACUUUUGCGGAAAAUACUUUUGCGUGAAUCACAUCCGAUACGAAGACCACAAAUGUCCGAAUGCCAGCAAAGGAAACAAGGAAGUUGUUUUAUGCAAGUACUGCAAUCAACCCAUUCAGCUUAUACAAGGAGUCGAUGUCAGCAUCCUCGUAAAUGAGCACUUACGCUACAAUUGCUUUCCUGAAAAGAAAGUCGUUAAACGAUGUCCCGUUCCGGGAUGUAAGGAGAAGCUGUAUGCAGUGAAUACGAUAAAGUGUGACAAGUGCGGUCAAGAGGUUUGCCUCAAGCACCGUUUUUCUGAGGAUCAUGAUUGCCAUCCUGUAAAGGCUCAAAAGUUUUCUCUGUUCCAGAAGUAUUUUAAGCUGGGGAGAAGAGCUAGUUCUUCUAUGUAA